ACCGCACAGUACGCUACGGUACAUUAUUAGCUUGAAUUAGAAAGAGAGCUUUCGGCUGUCUUCGGAAAUGGUAUCGUGUCGUUCCGAAUGCCAUUCUCAGCAUCCCGCUACUAGUACUUAUUCGAAGCGUUCGUAACCAUUGGCAUUGUUUUCAUCUCGACAUUUUGAUCAAUAAUUAACAGUUUUCGUCCUUUUAAUUACAUCUUUCUUACACAUAUUUCGUUAAUCUUUAUACAAGUACCAGAGAAAUGGAUUCAGAGGCUGCAAAUAAUAUUAAGAGAAGUAGAGAAAUAAUCUCUGAUGCAACCUUAGCUAUCUUGGAAGAAGCCUGGAAUGAUGGAUUGAGGUCUACAAAGGAAAAGAAAAAGAUACAGGCAUUAGGAGUAAAGACCAAACUUUCAACAGAAAAAAUUGAGGUGUGGAUUGGGAAUAGAAGGGCAAAGGAUAGGAGGGGUGGAGUAGCACCAGCCUACAGCAAGAAGAAGGUGGCUGUAAGGGGACCAUCUUCAUAUACUUUGUUUUCACAGCAGUUUAAGAGAGAAGGGUCUUCAAAAUCAGAGCACUUUCAAGAUGUUGCCAAAAAGUGGAGAGAACUUUCACCAACAGAGAGAGAAAGGUUCCAAGAAGAUGCUAGGGGAAUUAGGGACAGUGAGCUAAAAGGGAUGCCAGAAGAGGAUGCUAUUGCCCAUCACUUCAAACAAAUUAGAUGUUCGAUUAAUAUCUUAGAAUCUAUGGGUUUUGAGUCUGUGAUGGUUGCCACAAGAGAGCAUGAGGAUCCCCACUUGUUUGGAACCAACAAAGGAAUAGAGUACAUUGUACAACCUCAUGUAAUGGAGAGUUUCCGGAAAUCAGUGUUUGGAAACACAGUGUACAUGAAACAGCCAAGCAAGAAAGGAAAGGGUGACCUGCGGACUGAAUUGAGACAGAUUUUAAAUUCUUGCUGGGAAAAGGCCAUUGGGGAAUCAAAACCAAUACCGUAUUCCUCACUGCUGAAAGGUAAGAUUCCAUGGAAGCUAGUGGGACUUCCAGUACCUGUGAAAGAGCCCAGCAACUAUGGAAUAAGUGAUUUAAAGAAGAUAUUGGACAGGAAGGGAGAUAUUAGAUUCGAGAAGACACAAGCAAGCCAGAGUGAGCCAGACAGUGCAGAGGAUAUUGUGGACUCAAUCAUUUCAGAUCCAUCAGCACUUGAACCUGUUCAUGACUUAAGUGAAGGUGAGAACUCUGCUACAGAUGAACAAGUGGGUCCUGCAAUACCAUUAGAGCUAGUUGAUGGUCUUAAUAACUUGUUGGGGUUGAAAAAAGAUGACGAAUCUGCAAUAAUCAGCAUAGGUAAAGUUGAGAAUGAUAUCACGAAGCGAAAGAUAACUGCUACAAAUGACAAUAAAGGGAAGGUAGUCGUUCCUCCAAAGAAAAAAAAGUCCAGUAUAGGAAAGAAAGAUUCAACAAAAUAUGACAUUGACUAUCUUGUUGAGGAUAGAGAUGGGAAAUUGGGCCAAGAGUUCCUUGUGCAUUGGAAAGGCUAUUCACCUGAUCAAAGAACAUGGGAACCUGUUGUAUCCUUACCCACAACUGCCUUGAGUUUCUAUUGGCAGAAGAAAUACAGCAAAAAGGAAUAAAAAUAUGUAUAAGUAAAAAAAAGAUGUGGUAUGAUUGCCAAUGAGACAACUCUCUACAAGAGACCAAAAAUGAGACACAACUAACAACUAUAGGUAACCGUUAGAUCUUCAACAAUGAGCAAAGCCAAUACCGCAUAGUCAGCUAUAAAAGGCCCUGAAAUGACCAUAUAAAACAAUUCAAUCGAGAAAACUAACAGCCUUAUAAAAAAUGAAUGUAAAACAAAUAUUUAUCACAUAAACAAAUGACAACCACUGAAUUACAGGCUCCUGGCUUGGGACAGGCCAAUACUUACAUUAGGUGGCAGGGUUUAACAUGUUAGUGGGACCCCAACCCUCCCCUUUACCUGAGACAGUGGUAUGUUACAGUACAACAUAUGAACGAACCAUAAAAAUAAGUUGCAAAAGGCUUCACUCAUCAGAUGGACAAAAAUACAAGUGGAUUAUAAAAAAGAAAAUGUGAUAUAAUUGCCAAUAAGACAACUCUUCACAAGAGACCAAAUAACACAGAAAUUAACAACUGUUGGUCACUGACAAACCUUCAACAAUGAGCAAAACCAAUACUGUGCAGUCAGUUAUAAAAGGCUAAAUAAUGACUUGAAUAGUACAGAUAGCCAUAAAUAAUAGAUAAACUUGCAAAAUUUGUUUACAUUGCAUAAUGUUUGUUAUUGAAAAUGUAGAAAACACAGUUAAAAAAAGAUUUCACAAAAUGAUUAAAGUAUAUAAAUCAGCUUUAUGCAUUACAAUGUACAGACUAUAAAAUGUAAUCGGUUAUUCAGGUUGGGUUUGCUGAGGAUUGUUCUUAAAUUAUGUUAAUACGGAUAAAUUUUGAAAUCUAUGGAGCUACAUUAGAUGUAUUUAAGCAGCUUUUUUUUUUUUGGUAUGUUUGAGGAACCAAUGUGCAAUAUUUUCUAAAAUUGGUUCCUUGUAAACAUAUUUUGAAUGUUCCUCCCUCCCUACCAUAUACAUUUUAAAUGGAAUAGCCCUUUAAUAGCGUUCUAUUAAAAUGUCAAUUUUAAUAUAUUUCAACAUGAAGCUUGUUUAAUCUUUCACCUAUUCCAACUUUCUCCUGUUUGGAUUAUUUUUUCUGGUGGUUUUUUUUUAAUGCUUUUCAGAUAUAUGCUAAGUUGGUGAUCCAGAAGACUGUAAACAGACCAAGCCAGAGAGAAUCGUUUUCUUACUGAAUGGAGUAUCAAUUAUUACAGAGAUGUUGCAGGGGUUGUGUCCUGUUUAAAUUUUAAUUGUUAUUAUGAUAACAAGUUUUCUUUCAUGCUUUUGAGGAUGGAACAUUUUAUUCAGUAUUGUGCUACUGUAUUUGAAUAAUGGAUACUUAUUAGAAACAGACAUCUGCUAGUAAUGGUGGACAUUUACUUAUUUAGAAAUGAGAGAACUAUAAUUUAUAGAAUUUCAUAUAUAUAUGUAUGCCUUUUUAAAGAAGGAUAUCUUGUUAUUAAUGCAUUUAGAUAUCUUUAAUUGUUUGUUUGUAAUAUUUUAAAUAAACAGUUGUUGCAGUUCUCAUACAGAGGGGAUCUGGCAAGAUGAUGGGGGUCAUUACACUUUUCUUCUUUAGUCCAUAUGCUACAAUAUUUUACUAGGGUAUCUUGUGGAAGAUUUGUUUUUAUAUAAAUGGUUCUCUCUAAUUUACGACAGCAUCCGUUUCAUUACUGGUACCAGUUUUGACUUAUUUUAUCCAUCCAAUACACAGUAGUCUCAUAAAAAAAUCCUAUAUACCUUUAUAUAACACAAGGUACUUAACUUGCGAUAACAGAAUUUUGUUACUGCCUUACAUUUUCAUGCCCCCACCUGCGAUAGAGGGGCAUUAAGUUUUCUGGUCCCUCUGUCCUUCCGUUCAUUCAGGUUAAAGUUUUUUGGUGAAGGUAGUUUUUGAUGAAGUUGAAGUCCAAUCAACUUCAAACUUAGUACACAUGUUCCCUAUGAUAUGAUCUUUCUAAUUUAAUUGCCAAAUUAGACUUUUGACCCCAAUUUCACGGUCCACUGAACAUAGAAAAUAAUUGUGCAAGUUUUAGGUGAAAGUUUUUGUUUUGGUCAAGUUAGUUUUUGAUUUAGUUGAAGGUUAUGUCAGAACUUUCUAAUUUGAAUGCCAAAUUAUAUUUUUUAUCCCAAUUUCACGGUCCACUAAACAUAGAUAAUGGGAGUGGGGCAUCCAUGUACUAAGGACACUCUUGUUUUAAAUCAGGAGUUAAGUACCUUGUGUUAUAUAAAGGUAUAUGGGAAACUUUUUUUCGACAAGUGCCUGUGAUCUUAUACCUUGGAAGCUUUAUUCAAGAUAUGGCCUAGAGUCAGUGUUGUUACUUCUGAGGAACUUUAGUUACUUCUGUUAUUGGAAGAAAACCUUCUUGCUAAUAAUAAAAAUGGGGGCAGUUAGUAUCGUCUUGCCAGACCUCAUUUACUGUUUAUAUCCUACGGCACAUUUUAUUUCU